ACCCUAGCCAAUACCCGUUUUCCCCCAUGACCCAGCAGCAGCAAACCAUACGGUUUCCCCUUCCUCCAUGAGCAAAGAAUCUGAAGCAAAGAGACAGGGGGAGACUGAGCUGCCGCAGAAGAAGGAAGGAGGAGAGGAGGCCUCACCGCCGCCAUCGCGCCGUCGCCUGACCGAGGAGGGAGAAGACCGCCGUGCCACACUGCCUCACCACCACCGCAGCAGAGGGACCGAGGAGAGAGAUAGCGACGCAUUCGAAGAGAGGAGGAGGGAGAGGAGGUCGCGCUACCGCCGCGGUCCCUGUGCCGCUGCCGUUAGGUCCAGCAACAAGCUGCUGCCAAAACCGUGCAAGGAGGAACGACGCUGCCCCUUGCCGCGAUCGAAGCUCGCUGCCGCCGCAUUGCUCCGGUCUGUCGCGCCGCCGUUGUCGUCCAGGGAAGACCGCCGCUACACGGGCCGGAGGAACUCGUCCCGGUUGAGCUGCGCCGGCGCUUUUGGGGUUCAACCACCGUGCCCAGCCGUGCUUGCGUCACCGAUGCCGCCUCUGCCGGAGCUGUCGCCGUUAUAAAGGGGUUUCAACCACUGUAGGUGUCGCUGUCGGAAAAAGGGAGCUGCAUCAUUGUGAUUCUGACCGCCAGGAGUGGUUCUGUGACUUCCGGGAGCACCGCCGGAGCUUUUGGCUGCUUUUGCCGUUGCCGGAAAAUUCUAUCGGUAAGGGUUUUACAUUGGUUCUCCUUUCCGUUGAGUUUCUGGGAACCUCAUUGCCACUGCAUAUGGUUCAGAUCAUCGCUGCUGCUUGAGGUGGCUGCCGGGCUACCGCCGAACCAUUUCAGAGACCAUCGCUGUUUUGGUUCAGCCGCUCUUUCUACGUUUUGAUAAGCGUUUUUGAUUUGAAAGCCAUUUAGUUACCGUUCUGUUAUCAUACGUUGAGGUUGUGGCGUUAAUUGCUAUGAGAUUGAGUUCGGUUGUUGUAUGUUGCGAUUAGAGUUGUUGAGACUGUUGCGAAAGUGGCUUGGAGCUGAGGUUUUGGUUGCCGUCAGUUCGAUUUGAGACGGAAAGGACUUGAUGAGGCAUUUAGGUUAUGGAAUUGCAUUUUGAGCGAAGAGCUAGAACCAUUCCUACCGUGUGAUUGCGACAGUGACCGACUGCGCCCUCCAGUUACACUACCCAUGAUCCAGUUCAACAAUAAUUUUGGCCUCUGGAAAAUCAAUUUGUUGCUGCAACAAUAAUGACAUUUAAGGAGAAAAAGGGAUUAAGUUGACAUACUUCUUUAAACAUAUUUUGUCAUUAACUAUUGUACAGUAAUUUGUACUGCUGAUAUGUCACA